AUGUUUUCUGAUUCGAGAAGACAGUCUACAUCGUCAGUGUCGACUGACUUGGUCGACGAAGAGGGUUUCGAGCGCGUUCUGUCACCUGCAGAGCGAAGGUUGCUGCGUAAAAAUGCAUCGGCUGCUGCUGCUGCGCGUGAUGGUAAUGCUGGCGUUAUGAAUUUUGGAUCGCUGUUGAAUAAGUUCCAAAGUCGUAUGAAGAAGCAUGGCAUUGAUUUUUCGUCCUUGCCCUUAACGCCCGAUUCGGCUGCUAAAUGUGAGUCGAAGGAGGAGGAGCUGCGAGACUUCAUUCGUGAACUUGACAAUGCGUUCAAAUCGGCGCCUUUGGGCGUGGCGAAACCUAUCCAGUUCAAGACAUUGGAGGAGAUCGACAAGCGUAUUCGCGAUGUGACGGAGCAGUUUAGGCGCCUGAAGACUACUCGUGGGAAGCCAUCUGGUAUCAGCGCCGAGGAGCUUGACACUGCCACCCAGGAGAACGAGGUCUACAUGGCCCAUCUGCGUGAACAACGCACCAUUAUGGAGGGCUUCCAGAACAUGAAGGCUUUCCAAGCCACGUUAUCUCAAUACAAGAAGGCACUUUUGGAUGUGCUCUCUUUCCGUGCCGAAGCCGAACGACGCGCCGCAUCUAACGCUCUGAAUGGCCCAAAUUCUGCAGCCACUAGGGCUGCCCGUCAACAAGAGUACAUUUGCGGUAUUCUGCGUAGCAUGAAAGAAGAGAAGGGUGCGACCCUCGAUGUGUCGGCGAUUACUAAAUCUGAGGUGAUGAUAAUGGCCACUGCGAACCGCUUUCAACCGCCUCAUAACUACCUGCGCCGCAUUAAGGAAAAAUUCUGUGUCCACAUCGACCCCAUCGAUUCGUCAAGUUCAGAGCUGUCUGCACUUCAUUUGACCGUUCAUGGCGAGGAGAGCGACGUUGAGAACUGCGCAAAGUUUUUAAAAUCGUUGGAAUUCCAUUCUUCGAAGAGGGUGGUGGUCGAAUCCGAUCGUCUGAAAAAGGCCUUCGGCGGCAUAUCGGGCCUCUCACAGCUUGAGGAAUCAUUCGGAGUGCUCGUCUUUUACUACCAGGGUAUUCUCGACAUGAUUGGCAGCAAAGAUGGUCUGAAUUUGGCGUCCAAUUAUGUGGAAGAAAAAAUUGCCAACAUCGACAAUAAAGAGAACAGCAGCAAAUCGGCCGCUAAGGUUGUUAGCAGCGUGCCUACCACGCUUGCGGAACACAAUGCCCGUAAGGUCGAAAUGCAAUACGACUUUUUGAUCUGCAAAGCGCUGUCCACGCGUUUUAGGCCCACAGUUCGCACCGUGGAAGCUGACUUGGGAGUUACGGUGUCGUUCGAUGUAUCACCUAAGGAGGCAAAGGGCACUAUCUACGUGAACGCUGACAGCGCUUACCGCCUGACGGCGGUUGCGCCCGAGGAGCGCAUUAAGCAGGCAACUGCAAAGUUGCGCGACUUCAUCGCCACCCUUGGCAGUCGGGAGGUUCCGAACAGCUCUGAUGAGGACAUUAUAUCGUUCCUUUUCUCCGAGGAAACCCUCCGCAGCCGCUUUGUAUCCCAGGACUUCUGCCUUUUGCGUUACAACGGCGUUGUUUACGUGGUUGGUGUAAAGGACGCAUUGAAGGACGCCGUCGUCCGCGUUUCAACCGUAGUGCGUUACAGGGAGCACAAACCGAAGGAACUUUUCGUUCCCAUGGAGAAGAGCUUGCUACUCUCGAGCUCUACUUUGUCCGCUGUCGAGGAUUGGACAAGCGUUACAAUAAUGAUGCGCGAUUCGAUCAACGGCUUUGUGCUCAAGAUUUUCGGCAGCCUUGACCAACAAGAAGAAUGUGUAAAGCAGGUGAACGAAAUUUUGAGCACGCAUACUGAGUACGCGUUUGAUCUUUUCCCCGCGCACAUGGCUGUUUUGUCAGACAACAAGUAUCGCAUGGUUCGUGACCUUGAGCAGCAGAGCCAGGUACGCAUAAUCUUGAACAAGGAGAACAACCAGUUGGUGUUCCACGGGCAGAAGGAAAGGGUUGACGAGGCAGUGAAUAUCAUGAAGGCGUUCACUGGCAACUUCGUGUGUGUCGACCAGACCAAAGUCAGCGACAUUACCCUCACCGGCGACUUUUACGCGUGGCUGCGGGUUCCCAGGCGACACGUCGGCGCUAUCAUCGGUAAGGGCGGAUCGACCCUUCGCGAUAUUAUCGAUUCCUCCGGCCUGCGCAAUAUGUUCGUCAAUCGUAGCGACAGCUCUGAUGAGAUAGUGUGCCUCGAGGGCAACAAGGAGUCGGUGCAGCGGGCGUUGGAGGUGUUGGGAAACAUUUUGGAGUUUGACGGCGUGAACCAGAAGGACCAGCCGAUCACGGACUCUUUUGUUGGCAAGUACAGCAGCGCUAACUCCGUACUGCGUAACAACACUACGGUCCUCGACCGUCGCAGCAGCAGCGUGCGUUCCGCGGGUGGUAAACCCAUUGUAUUCGACUGCCGUGACUUCCCUGUUCUCGGCAGCAAGUCAUAA